GAAGACCUGUCAAUUCCUCCCAAUCCAUGAACAGAGGCUCAUCAAAGUAGCCUCACUUCACAUGCUGUCACAAGCGGUGACACAAGAGGGGAUUUAAACUCACCACGUUCUCGACACUUGAGACAUUUUCACAACUGAGGCAACUUUGAACUUUAAGAAAAAUCACUCGGGGCGUCUCAUCUCAGCCCUCCAUGCUCCUGCAAUCCGGCGGGUGUUAAGAUCCAUGGAAGUGGCCGGUUUCUACGACGAGGGCAGCUUUGCUUUCCACACCAGAGACAGCAUUAUCAGUCCCAUCGGCGGCGGCUCUUACUGGAGGCUCGGCGACUCGAUGUCGGAGCUGGGCAUUGAAGAGCGGGAGAGAGCGAUAGACUUCAGUGUUUACCUGGAUUCAGCUUUGCACUGUCCGCAGCUGGCGGCGCAGACGCAGCAGCAGCACCACCAGCACCACCAGCAGCAGCAGGGGGACGUUUACCCAGAUUUCCUGGCGGAGAACAAGAUCAAGAGAGUUACAGCUUUACAGAACUACAAGAACUACUCGCUGUUGAACGAGCUGGAGACGAGUCAGUGCGACAACUUGCGGGACCCCAGGGAGCCCUACUCGCUGGGUUACACUGAGCUGCAGGAGACCCGUGUGGAUAGUGUGCUCAGCCCUGAACUCGUCGGGAGUCGCUACAGAGCUGCCGCUGCUGCUGCUGAGAGAGACGACAGUCAGGAAGACGCAAAGAUGGAGAACGGGUCGUCUGGUUUUGACAUGAGGUCCUACCUUCAUUACCAGUCCACCAGCGGCAGCCUUGGAAACAUCUCCACCGCGUCUUCGACUUGCUCCAGCCCGCCCGGCACACCUGCCCCGUCAGGUAAAAGCAGGUCACCGUCGCACGGCGGCAAAAUGUCCAGCGGGAAGGCAAAGAAACGCCUGGACAAGGACAGUGAAGAGUACAGGCUGAGGCGGGAGAGGAACAAUCUCGCCGUGAGGAAGAGCAGGGACAAAGCCAAGAUGCGCAACUUGGAGACUCAACAUAAAGUGCUGGAACUGGCUGCGGAGAACGAUCGUUUACAAAAGCGCGUGGAGCAGCUGUCCAGAGAGCUGGCCACCCUGCGCAACCUGCUCUCUGCCACCGGACAAUGUUAGAGGGGAAAAAAAAAACCUCCGCCAAGAGACUCCAAGCGGAUCUCUGUGGCUGCUUGUCUAAUCAUUGAUGGACUUUAGAGCCGGAGGUGAUCCACUGAGCAAGUGUUGAAAACGGUACGCUUCACAGGUGAAGGCAGCGACCGCCAGUUUACAAGGACACUUUGAAUGGGACUUGAAGUGGGUGCAUGGAUUGCGCAAUCAUUCACGAUUCAUCAUGUCACCUUAGCUUUAUUCUCAGAUGUAAUUUUUUUGGUGUAUGCAGUAUUUCUGUGCAGGUUUUACAUACAUGCGAGUGAAUUUCUACAUUUAUGUGUAUUCAGAGCAAUGGUUGUCAAGGGAAGAGUUGUGCUGCAGUGAAAUGAUGCAACUCUUUGUAAUAGUAUUGGCAAUGAAUGAAAUAAGUCUAAUUAUUUAAUAUUAAAAGGUGAAAUGCUUUAAUUGUACUUGAUAUUUUAUUGAAUUAAACAGAUUUAUACUUUGUCUUAACAA